AUCCUAGAAGAAAGUAUCAUGUAAGGCUACUGGCAUAUAACAGUAUGGAAGAAGGUUAUCAGGCAGACCAAACAGUCAGCACUCCAGGAUGUGUCUCUGUCCGUGAUCGCAUGGUGCCACCACCACCACCUCCUCACCACCUCUACGCCAAAGCUAACACUUCAUCGUCCAUCUAUCUUCACUGGGGCAAGCCUGCCUUUACAUCUGCACAAGUCAUUAACUACACAAUCCGCUGCAACCCCGUGGGGCUGCAGAAUGCUUCUCUGGUUCUCUACCUUCAAACGUCAGAGACUCACAUGUUAGUUCAAGGUCUUGAGCCAAAAACCAUGUAUGAAUUUGCAGUUCGGCUGCAUGUGGACCAGCUCUCCAGUCCCUGGAGUCCAGUAGUUUACCAUACUACCCUUCCAGAAGCACCAUCUGGCCCUCCAGUAGGAGUGAAGGUGACUUUGAUAGAGGAUGACACUGCUUUGGUUUCCUGGAAGCCACCUGAUGGUCCUGAAACAGUUGUUACACGAUAUACUAUCCUCUACGCAUCCAGGAAGUCUUGGGUUGCUGGGGAAUGGCAAGUGUUGCACAGAGAAGGAGCAAUGACCAUGGCUUUGCUGGAAAACCUUGUAGCAGGAAAUGUCUACUUGGUCAAAAUAUCAGCCUCCAAUGAAGUAGGAGAAGGACCCUUCUCAAAUGCAGUAGAACUUGCUGUCCUGCCAAAGGAGAUGUCCGAGUCUAAUCAGAGACCUAAACGCUUGGAUUCGGGAGAUUCCACAAGUUAUUCUGAUUAUUACCAUCUGGACCAGAAGUCGAUGACUGGCAUUGUUGUUGGGGUUUGCAUAGCCUUGACCUGCAUCCUUAUCUGCAUCCUGAUCUUAAUUUAUCGCAGUAAAGCCAGGAAAGCAUCUGCUCCUAAACCUGUGCAGCAAAGCACAGACCAGCUGUCACACAACAGCAUCUCAUUAGCCAGUGCUAAUGAGGCGGAGAAGAGUAUUGAAGGAAUUGCAGAGAAUGAAGAAUCUUUAUUGCCAAUGAUAGUGGGAAACAGCUUCAUCGAUGCUAAGGGAGGAUCUGAUCUGAUUAUUAACAGUUAUGGGCCUGUCACAAAGGCUAACUGCAAGAAAAGGUGGCUGUUCUUCCAAGAUACUAAGAAGUUGAAGACCGAGGAGCCUCAGAGAAGAUUUGUCCAGGCGGUGUGUCUGUAUCAGCCAGGGACCACCGUGCUGAUCAGUGAGGAUGACUCCCCCAGCUCUCCUGGCCAGCAGUCCAGUUUCCAGGCACCAUUCAGUAUUGCUACUGAUACAGAGCACUCAGCCAACAGCGAAGGAAGCCACGAGACCGGUGACUCUGGAAGAUUUUCUCACGAGUCCAAUGACGAGAUACACCUCUCCUCUGUGACCAGUGCCACCCCUCCCACCACCAGUCCUUUUGUAAGCAGCGACUUGGGUACGAGCGUGAUGAGCCCUGCCAUAAGUAACUGCACGGAGUCUCCUCUGCCGUUUGCUGCUGACCAGACUCCUACCUCACCUCUUCAGAUACACUCCGCGGUGCAAAACGGACAUCCUUAG